AUGUGGUCGAUUCAAGACCCGAAAGACCCGUGGGCAUGGAGGAAUACGUGGACUGGAGAGAUUCGGAACAGUUAUGAUGAUUUAUGGAUCGUGAUUCCAAUCAUAGUUUUGGUUACCGUAUUCGCAAUGCUUUUCCUUAUUCCGAUUCUUAUUCAUCGCUAUUGUCCGCAUUGUUUUCCGGGAAGGGUGUGGUGUCGUUGGUUUGAGAGUCUACUCUUUGUACUCGGACAGAUCAGUCGGGAAAAAGAGGAGAAACGAAUCGAAAGGAAAAGACCAACGAGAGCUCAUCCGAGAGCCCACUCAGCACCGAAUUUCCAUGAUCAUGUUGAAUACGGUGUUCCACACUCAAUCCCGAUCAAAACUGAGUCACCGCCACAAUAUCAAAGAGGUGAAGCUGGGCAUCCAAACGUACACUCUUAUGCCGAGGCUGAUGUCGGCUACAAUGAGACUGCGACGAUUGCUUUUGAUGUUCAAUUGCGAUGGUCAGAGCAAGUGAAGAAUAGCGAAAGUGAAGAAUAUGAGGAUGUGGCUCGUUUACGAGGGAGAACCGAACUUAAACUGUUCUUUACUUGUGGAGAGAAACCGGGUCUCAUUCGAGCCGGACACCAACAAGCCAAAAUUUUGUCAUGGGUUUCGAUGUUGUCUUCCUCUCCAAAUCGAGUCUAUUCCAAG